AUGAAGCUGUGGCUGCUCAAUGCUACUCCCAUAAACCACCAAAUCAAGUUGUUUAUCUACCAAUGUGUGGUAGAGAACAAACUGGAUGCCAUCGUCGCUUCUCUACCGGCAUUCUCGAUAUCUGACGCCUUGAUGGAAAACAUUGAAGGCUACGUCAUUGCGGUUCUACUGUCAGCGAAGCUCAGCGCAUACAAGGGAACAAUCCCUUGGGAUCACGUCAUCACAAUUAUCAUGUUACAUCACAUCAACAUUCCCGAAAAUCUCGACAAGGAUCAGCACGCUGCGAACACGAUCAAGUCAGCUGUGCAGAAUUCACUCACCCAAGCUCGCUCCAAAAUCAAGAAAGCUAUCAAAAAGAGCAAGACACUUGGUGAAAGCGUCAACAUCUUUGAUUUGGCAACAGGCAUUGUUGGCAACACCCAAUGCUCUGUCACCCGCAAAGUUCACACUGAGGACACUGGCAACAAGUUCUGGGAUGUGGUCAAUGGUCGCCUCAAGCUUCUGCGCAGUAGUUCGGGUGGGGAUACAAAGAAGAUGACAAAGGCCUUGUCUGGCAUUCUUACAGCGGAUUGCACACUUUAUGGCAUUGGAACCACCUACACUAUUGGCGACAACCCCACUCUCUGGCAGCAUUCCAUUGACAAUGUGAUUGAAGGAGUCUGA